UUCUCCAUUAUAAAUUUACUGCACUUUUUAAAAUGAUCUAUAUAGUUCACCACAAACUAAGUCAAUGUUUUACUUUAUGAGAUGAGCUUGAGUUGAUGAUCAUCUAAUCAAACUGAAUAUAUGAUCAAAGGACUAAAAUCACUCUAAAAUAAUAGUAGAUACUGUUCAAAUAAAGUACUAUUUAAUUUUGCAGACUUUAUAUACAAUGUAUACUGUUAUUUACUAUUACAAAGCGUAAUUUCAAGACUCUGCGAAAAGUUGGAAAAUUUGAAAACGCAGAAUUAUCAGACAGUAUUCAAAUCAUAUAGGUAAAUUGAUGUUGGUAUAGAUAGGAUAACAACAAAUUAGAAAUGCCAUUCAGAUUCCCUGUCAAGUUUGAUAUUCCAAAACAUUCAUUCGUGAAUGCCAGAGUCAUCAGAGAUCAAUUCAAAAGAUUACAAUAUGAAGAACAUGAAGUCACCAGAAAUGCUUUAAAAUAUAUCGCUAGAAAUACCGAAUUACCAUCAAGAGUUAGAUUAGAAGCUCAAUUACAAUUAACUUCCAUGCCAAAAUAUACCGCCUAUAAUCAAAUCAGAGAUAGAUGUGUUGCGUCCGGUAAUUCAAAAUCUCUUAUUCGUGAUUUCAAAUUGAAUAGAACUGCAUUUAGAGAAAGAGCUAGAGCUGGUUUGAUACCAGGUGUUAAGGUUGCUUCUUGGUAGAUUUUAAAUGAUAAUCUCCUACUUAAUUCCCAUUUCUUCUUGUGAAGAACCUUGUAAUGACUUUAUAAUCACUUGUAAAUAGCUUUGUAUAAUAUACGUUAUAGAAUAUAUUCAUAUUUUAAACCUCCCGU